AUGGCCUCGCGAAGGUCGAGCCGGCUGGUCAAGCCGUUCCUGUACGGCGUUGCCGCGACCGUGGUUGGCAGCGGAGUCCUCUACGCGUCCUAUCGCCCUCGAGACAUACCCGGAUCAGAAGCAGCUGCUGUACCGCCUCCUACCUACGGCGAGGGAGGUGUCUUCAGCCCACCAAGCUUCCCCGAUAUCAAGUCCCGGGAGGAGCAGAUAGCGGACCUCAAGCGCAGCAGCGGCACGAUUACCCGCGCUGUCGACAAGGCUAAGAACAAGGUUGCUGGGCUGUUUGGCAAGGAUGGAUCCGAAAGCACCGCUCAGCACGCACAAGACGAGCCGUAUGAUCUCCUGAUUAUUGGUGGUGGCGCGACUGGAACAGGCAUUGCGCUGGAUGCCGCAACCCGUGGCUUGAAGGUAGCUUGCGUCGAGCGGGACGACUUUAGCAGCGGCACGAGCAGCAAGAGCACGAAGUUGGUCCACGGCGGUGUUAGGUAUCUGGAGAAGGCGGUUUGGGAGCUCGACUAUGGCCAGUACAAACUCGUCCGAGAAGCUCUUCGAGAACGGCGAUACUUCCUCGACACUGCCCCACAUCUGUCACAAUGGCUACCUAUUAUGAUUCCUCUGGAUAAGUGGUGGAAGGCCCCAUACUUCUGGGCUGGUACCAAGUUCUACGAUUUCCUAGCUGGCUCCGAGAAUAUUGAAAGCUCCUACUUCCUCACGAAGAGCAAAGCGCUGGACGCUUUCCCAAUGCUUAAAAGGACAAACAUCGUUGGUGCCCUUGUCUACUAUGAUGGUGCUCAUAACGACUCUCGAAUGAACGUCUCCAUCGCCAUGACUGCGGCUUUGUAUGGUGCGACUGUUGUAAACCACGUCGAAGUCACAAGCCUUGAGAAAGACGCCAAUGGAAGGUUGAUUGGUGCCCGUGCCAAAGAUUGCAUUCCGGAAAUCAAUGGUAAAAAGUCAGAGGAGUUCACGAUCCGGGCCAAGGGCAUCAUCAACGCUACAGGGCCGUUCACCGAUAGCAUCCGCAAAAUGGAUGAUCCGUCAGUCCCCGAGAUCGUUGCGCCCAGCCUCGGAGUUCAUGUCAUCCUACCCGGUUACUACAGCCCAGCUAACAUGGGUCUGAUCGAUCCAUCAACCUCCGACGGCCGAGUCAUCUUCUUCCUCCCCUGGCAAGGCAACACCAUCGCCGGCACAACAGAUGCACCUACCGAUAUCAAACAGAACCCCAUCGCUGGUGAAGAGGAAAUCAACUGGAUUAUAUCCGAAAUCCGAGGCUACCUCCAACCCGAAAUCAACGUUCGUCGUGGUGAUGUGCUUGCUGCAUGGGCCGGUAUUCGCCCCCUUGUCCGCGAUCCCAAGAAGAAGAAAAGCGAAGGCCUCGUCCGCAACCACCUCCUCACUACCUCUUCAUCUGGCUUGAUCACAAUAUCCGGUGGCAAAUGGACUACCUAUCGUCAAAUGGCUGAGGAAGCCGUCGACGACGCCAUCAAAGAAUUCGGCCUUCAAACCACUAGGGUAGCCAAUCCACCGCGCGUCAGCGGCACCGAGAUGCUCGAUGAAACCACCACCCUAGACGGAACAUGCCAAACGCACAAAGUCCGCCUCGUCGGCGCCCACGGCUACUCCAAGACGCUCUUCAUCAACCUGAUCCAGCACUACGGCCUCGAGACUGAAGUGGCCAAGUACCUCACCACCGCGUACGGCGACCGCGCUUGGACUGUCGCCGCCCUCUCCGACCCAACAGAGAAGCGCUUCCCCAUCCGCGGGAAGCGCAUCUCGGCUCUGUACCCCUUCAUUGACGGCGAGGUGCGUUAUGCCGUGCGGCACGAGCAGGCGCUUACUGCUGUCGAUGUCAUUGCACGCCGAACGCGGUUGGCCUUCCUGAACGCGCAGGCUGCUCUUGAGGCGCUGCCGACGGUUAUUGAUCUGAUGGCUGCCGAGCUGGGCUGGGACUCGAAGCGCAAGGAGUGGGAGUGGAAGGAGUCGGUCGCCUUUUUGGGGAGCAUGGGUUUGCCGAAGGGGAAGUUGGGCCUGAGCAGGAAGGAAGUGGAGGCUGGUAAAGUGGGGUUGUACCCGGAUGAGGAGUAUCAUCUCUAUGCCAGACAUGACAAACCGGGCGAGACCUUGGAGUCGGACUCGAAGCUUCCGCCUGGCAAGAACCCCGUACAGGCCGCUGAUUCACCUUCAAACAAAUAG